UACACUGGGUUCUCACGGAAUCCCUUAACGCACGUAGCUCGCCAGGUUUUCCCCCAACACCAAUCCACUCUUACCCUCUCCAUGGUCCCCACCCCGGAUUCCCGUGACAUUUUUCCAAUACAACACUUAAUUGAGCAACUGAGAUUCUUCACGUGCGUGGUUGAUUUGUAGUUUGAACACGUGGCUCAUUCAAAUUAGCCGGAAUAUCCGUUUUUUUUCUUACCUCUUCUCUUUCUUGGUUUUAUUCAGAGGCGGGUGCGAACCUUAACGUGUGACAUUCUCUAGGCCAAGGGGUUUUGAUGAAGACAAAAAAGUAGUUUCUUCCUUUUCACCCAGCCAUCGUUUUAGAGAGAAGGGAUAAAUAAUUAAUAAUUAUUUUUUGUACGCAAUAGAGGGGCGAGGAAGCGCAAACACCGACGAGGUAGCCCGUCAAAUAUAUCUGUGGCUAGAACGACCGGGGGAAGCACGCCACCGCCACUCCGUUUAGUAGGAAGGCGAUUUUGGCGACUCCAAACACUGCACACCCGAUAUAUUAAAUAACGGUUAACCUUCUGCGUAAAGGUUGUCAAUUUCAGCGCAGAACAUGAACAAGCUGUACAUUGGAAACGUGAGUGAAGAGGCGAGUGCGGAGGACUUGGAAACUAUAUUUGAGCAGUGGAAGAUUCCGCACAGUGGUCCGUUUCUCGUCAAAACUGGUUAUGCGUUCGUGGAUUGCCCCGAUGAAAAGAUUGCAAUGAAGGCCAUCGACAUUCUUUCAGGUAAAGUUGACCUACAUGGAAAACUCCUAGAGGUGGAGCACUCUGUCCCUAAACGUCAAAGGAGCUGUAAGCUGCAGAUCAGGAACAUCCCGCCUCAUAUGCAGUGGGAGGUUCUGGAUGGCAUGUUGGCCCAAUAUGGCACAGUGGAGAACUGUGAGCAAGUAAAUACAGACACAGACACUGCAGUGGUCAACGUCAGAUAUGGUGCUAAGGACCAGGCUAGACAGGCGAUGGAGAAGCUGAAUGGCUUCCUGAUGGAGAACUUUGCCCUGAAGGUGUCGUACAUCCCAGACGAGAUGGCCACCGCUGACGCCCCACCUCUGGGAGGGGGUAGGAGGGGCUUUGUCCCCCGUGGCCCUCCCCGCUCAGGUUCUCCGGGCAUGGGGGCGCGCCCCAAACUACAGUCAGAAGUUCCCUUACGUAUACUCGUCCCAACGCAGUUUGUAGGAGCCAUCAUCGGCAAGGAGGGAGCCACCAUUCGCAACAUCACCAAACAGACACACUCAAAGAUCGACAUCCACAGGAAGGAGAAUGCGGGAGCGGCAGAGAAACCCAUCACAGUCCACUCCACCCCGGAGGGCUGCUCCAACGCCUGCAGAACCAUCAUGGAGAUCAUGCAAAAGGAGGCCCUCGACACCAAGUUUACUGAGGAGAUUCCACUGAAGAUUCUGGCUCACAACAACUUUGUGGGCCGACUGAUCGGGAAGGAAGGACGUAACUUAAAAAAAAUUGAAGUGGACACAGAGACCAAGAUCACCAUCUCCCCUCUCCAGGACCUGACCCUGUACAACCCUGAGAGGACCAUCACAGUGAAGGGUUCUAUCGAGGCCUGCUCCCGUGCCGAGGAGGAAGUCAUGAAGAAGGUCAGGGAGUCGUAUGAGAACGACGUGGCCGCUAUGAAUCUCCAGUCUAACCUGAUUCCAGGACUCAACCUGAAUGCUUUGGGUUUGUUCCCUGGUGGUGCUCCAGGUAUGGGCCCCUCCAUGGGACACAACGUCCCACCUCCCGGUGCCCAGGGUGGCUAUUCAUUCGGGAGCAGCUCCUUUGGGGGUGAAGGGCCAUUUUGGGCGUCUGUGCUGUCGGGGAGCAGCCAGCCCGUCUCUGGCCAGGGGCAGCCGGAGUCGGAGACGGUCCAUCUGUUCAUCCCGGCGCUGGCGGUCGGAGCGAUCAUCGGAAAACAGGGUCAACACAUCAAGCAGCUGUCGCGCUACGCCGGAGCCUCCAUCAAGAUCAGUGCAGAUGAAGUCAGUGUCGUAGAUGCAAACCAGGUAGCCCCUCCAGAAGGUAUGGACACCAAGCAGAGGAUGGUGAUCAUUGCUGGACCACCAGAGGCCCAGUUCAAGGCUCAGGGUCGUAUCUUUGGGAAGCUAAAGGAGGAGAACUUCUUUGGGCCGAAGGAGGAGGUGAAGCUAGAGGCUCACAUCAAGGUGCCCUCUUUCGCUGCUGGACGUGUCAUCGGCAAGGGAGGCAAAACGGUGAAUGAGUUGCAGAACUUGACCAGUGCUGAGGUGGUGGUCCCCAGAGACCAGACGCCUGACGAGAACGACCAGGUCAUUGUCAAAAUCACUGGACACUUCUAUGCAAGCCAGCUGGCCCAGAGGAAGAUCCAGGAGAUCUUGUCCCAGGUGAGACGGCAACAGCAGCCCAAACCCUCACCCCGCGGGGAGGGACCACCCCUCCCCCGCCCUUCCCGGAAGUAGAGAGGGGCGUCCAGGUGGCCCAGGGGGGGCCAGUGACAGAACCGCCCCUGAAGACAGACCAGAGCAGAGACCGGAGGGGAAACACAGGCAGGGACAAGGCGCUCAUCUCAGGGGAUAAGGGUCAUGGGUACCCAACUGUACACCUCUACUCUCGACGACCUCCUCGACCUUACACGCCCACCCCCACUCUCGCCGACCUCCUCGACCUUACACGCCCACCCCCACUCUCGCCGACCUCCUCGACCUUACACGCCCACCCCUACUCUCGGCGACCUUACACGCCCAGCCCCACUCUCGACGACCUCCUCGACCUUACACGCCCACCCCCACUUUCGACGACCUCCUCGACCUCACACCCCCACUUUCCGACGACCUCCUCGACCUCACACCCCCACUUUCCGACGACCUCCUCGACCGUCACUAACCCCCGGGCCGACACCACAGCGUGGAUAAGAGACCUUACACCCCCCCCCCAACCCAUCGCCACACCUGUCUGCAUCUCUGUGAGAAUGUACUUGAGGGUUCCAACGUUGUCACUCACCCUCACCUCUGUCCUGAUUGGUUCCUUAUUUGUUUUAAUGUUGUUUUUUUGGUACACUAGAAAACACAAAGAAGAAAUAAUAAUGAACUCCCUCCUGUCACCUCCCUGGUGUGGUAACACACUCAACCACCUCACAUGUUGAUGACGGCUGUUAAUUUUGUUUUUACCUUUUUAUUUUAACUAUUUUUUUUGCCCUGGAUGAAGUGUUUGUUUAGUUGGUUGAAACUUUCUCUCCUGAGUUUUCUUUGGAAAGAAAAAGGCAUUGCUCUGAGUCCUUGUAGGAUGGAGAAAGGUUAGGGGGAGGGGUUUAGAUGGAGGGGCGGGGCUCGGGGUAAUACUCUGGUGUUUGAUUGGACAGGGGCCCCGGUGGUGGUCUAACAGGGCACCCCUGUCCUGCUAUUGAUAGUGGCAUUUUAUAAAUUCGGAUGCAUUUUAUAGAUAUAUAAAAUAUAUUUAGAGGCGAGGAUAACACUGUCAUUAACACUUAAGGGACGUGUUGAAUGGUGUUGGCCAGGAAAACCAAUUUAAUAUGCAUUGUACUGAACUACCUCAGGAUCUCUAGUACCUCAAGAAGAUGAAGAGAAAAAGAAAAUAAUUAUAUAUAUGAAAAAAAUGUUCCUUUCUUUUUUAUUUUGCUUUGUGGUAUUUUGUAUACUUUAUAAAGCUAAUAGUUAUUGAACAUUUUUAUUUUUUUAAGAAAAUUUAAAAUUUGGUCAGCUGCCAACUGACCUUGCCUUCAACUCUAGCGCUCUCCGGCGGCGGCGGCAACGUGUACAAUGUGUCUGUCGACGGUGGCCCUGUUCAUAAAGUCUCUGUACAUAGAGCUCAGGGCAGAGUUGGCACCAAACUGUUGGCUGCUGACGGGAGUAUCGAGAGAAGAAAUUGCCUCAGUUUUCCUGAGGUGUAUCCACCAUCUAAUGAAAACUACAAACAACGAAUAUAUUAGAGUAAUGCUGAAUAAUGCCAACCGUACAUAUUGCAGCAAUGCCGUUUAGUUUUGGGAUUCUGACAUUCUUAUUGUUGACGGUACGUUACAUUUUUCACACAAUGAUUUUUCCUUUUGCCUUCCUGGAAGUGCAAUGGGUAGCACACAAAUGGAGGGGCCUGAACACUGAGUUCUCUCUCUCUCUCUCUCUGUAGCCGCCAUAGAAAUGGACAUGUUAGAGCAGCACUGUCUGUUCUGUUGUAUUUCUUUUACCUGCUUAGGCCUUACCUGCUUUAUUACAUCAUCCUAGUCUCAAAUGGCACCCCAUUUCCCUUAUAGUGCUCCAAGUUGUAUACUACAUGGGGAAAUAGGGUGCCAUUUGGAAGUCAUCCCAGGUUUGUGACAGGCUGAGGUGCAGUCCACAGCCUGACUAGGGUUUUUUCAUAGACGAAGCUUGGCCAUGUGCGGUGGCCCCAGUAGCCGCAGUUGGUCUACGUUAGUGUCAUUCACUGUAUGGUGAAAGUAAGGGGAGUCACACUGAUGGAUGCUUAUUUUGCUAUAGAAGCUACGUUAACUAAAGGUUGAGUUUUGUUUAACCAGCAGCUGUAAUCUUGAUUUGAAGUGAGUUUCAAUUGUUAUUCAUCACAAAAAUCCAAGAUGCACACAAAAAAUGUACUAAAUUUACCUUGAUUGGGAUGGGAAAGAUAAGAAAAAAAAUAGUUUAAAAACCGAUAACAAAAUACCCAAGUUUUUCCUUUUUUUUGAUUUCAUGCAGAAUGUAAAUAUGUUUUGAUUGUGGUAAAAGUGCUCGUGUGUAUCCAUGCUUCCACAGUAGAACGCUGUCUACCUCAGCUGAGGGGGGUUUGUGGUGGCACGCGCCCUCACCCCGCCUAGCGCCCACGCGCUCGCUGCGAUACCUCAGUCCCCCCAGGAACACUUCUCUGCAUGGACUCGUGCGUGCUCACGCGGUUCAACCUCGCGCUGAUGUCCACGAGGGGCAUAAGUGACGAUUAUUAUUCCCCCUCCCUUUCUCCACCCAUUUUUUUUUUUUUUUAUCUACCUCCUUUAGAUACAUUUGAAUUAGAGGCAAACUUCUAUUUGUUAGAUUUAGGGUUAUUCUCCCACUGUCCCCUUUCUGAUUUCCAAGAUAUUAAUGAAAAUAAAUAAAUCAUGUACUCUUUAGAAUUUGAACAAAUAAUGGAAAAGUUAUCAGAUGUUUCCUUUGCCAGUGUUAUAUACACACACACUCUUCUAGCUUAAUUGAUUGUAAAUCCUCAAGAUUCUGCUUUUGUUUUUGAUGGUGUGGCUUCCAUGUAUUGAACUUUCUUGCCUCUGGGUUUUUCGUGGGGAAAAGGUCAAAUUCACCGGUUUGAAGUUUUUCGAUUCAAUGACUGGACAAUAAGUAACAAACAAAUGUUUAAAAAAAGGACCUGCCUUAGUUUCUGGUUUGAGACUAAAAAUAAAUACUCAGCCAGUCUUCUUUCUUACCUUUUUAUGUCUUUACGGAUGCUACAUUGGCCUGCUGAUUUGAUAAUGAUUUGUUCGGUUAGCAUUUCCUGGAUGUGUAAUGUGGAAAAUCAUGUUUGUGUGGGAAAGAGGGACUGGGUUUGGGAGUCAGUUUUUGGAAAAGUGUUCUGGUUUAAGCAUGAUGCCCCCCUCCCUGUGACCAUGCUUCUGCCCCUUCACCCCCCUCACAGCUCAACUUGUCAAAUGCCUCUGAAUAAAUCAAAAAAUGAAAUUGGC